AACUGCUGCGAAAUAUUAUUGUAACGGUGCAAAUCUUAGAGUAAGAUGCCUGUCUUUACGGCUAAUAUUCCCGCUUUGCUUAAAGUUGGCGACAAAAUUGAAAUUGGUGGAAAAAUUAAGGACAACGCCCGAAAGAUGUCGGUUAAUCUAUGCGCUCAAGAAGGCGAAGAACCAAGGGACGUGGUGCUGCAUUUCGAUGUGAGAUUCCAUCGCGACAAUAUUAUUUCGCUGUCAAGGAAAAAUGGUAUCUGGAUAGGCAGCGGCAACUACGAUACUAACUAUAACAUGUUUGUACCUGGUACGAUAUUUAGGAUAGUUUUCGAAGUGAAGGACACAGAUGUGAUCACAAUCUAUUGUCAGGGCAAAUUCCAUUCCAACUUUCUGCCAAAGAUACCGCUCAGUAUGGCACGGUACAUCGUCGCCUGGGCCGAUGUCGAAAAAGUAUCGCACUGCUACUUCCAUUUCGGGUAUAAAGGCGUUGGUGACGAAGCUGGGCCAGGGUUGCCGCCAAUGCAAUCACCCCGAGCUCCUCCAAAUAUGGUAGCCGGUGAUAGUAAGAGAUGUCAAAGACCUCAUAAAAAGUUAACCGGAUCGCCAGCCCUUCACUCCUCCAACGAAAGUUCAGAUGAAGAACACGGUAAAGGAAGGGCGAAAGCAGAAGGAAGAGCGGAUCGCUUUUUUUACGAAACAUUAAUGUGUCAAGCGCCAGACUAUUCUAAAUUCGUGCAUGACCCGAAAUGUAGACGCGAAAAAGUACAACCCCGCGUGAGAGCAGAAUACAGCAAAAAAUACAGGGAGAUUUCUGAUAGCGAAAAGAACGACACGGAGGAUUUUUCCGAGGAGCUCGUUUCCAAAACCAUGGAUUCGUCCAUGAUCGAUUCGGAAGAAGUACCGGAAAUGAUGCUGAAAAAAAGAUGUCGCAGAGGAAAGUUCGCGCCACUAGCCCAAGUCGUAAAUUUUAUGGGAAAAACAAAGAGGAACUAAUUCUACGUCAUCGCGGCCAAUUUUUCUACCAUUGGUAGUUUUUU